AUGGUUCUGCGUGAAAAGGGUCCGACCCUUGUCGGGGUCCUCUGGAUGGAGACUGUUAUCUGCCUGGUCGUGCUUGGGCUGCGUCUUUACACUCGAACGAGGAUUCUUCGCAACCCUGGCUGGGAUGACCUGCUGCUGGUGAUAACUUGGUUCUUGAUGGUGGCCUUUGCAGGGUUAUGUACUGGAUCUGCUCACUAUGGAAUGGGGGUCCACGCAGAGUUCCUCUCACCACAUGAGUCAAGCCACGCGAUGCUGCUGCUGCUGAGCGGCCAGAGUGUCGUUGCCCUUGCCAUGGGCAUCAGCAAGUUUGCAGUCGGUGUGUUCUUGCUGCGUAUCGUCGUCAGCAAAUGGCACAAGGCGUUUCUCUGGUUCUGGAAUAUCAGCAUCAUGGUCCUCAGUAUCCUCCUGGCCAUUACCGUGUUUACGCAGUGUACACCGGUCCAGUCAAUCUGGGACACGAGCGUUCCUAAAGAGAGCUGCCCGUUGAGUCUGACCGUGAUUGCAACCAUCAUGUGUGCAUGGUCUGCUGCCCUGGACUUUGUCCUGGCUCUGUUCCCCUGGUACGCACUCUGGGGGUUGAACAUGAAGCGCAAGGAAAAGAUCACGAUCUGCGCAUCCCUCAGCCUGGGCAUCUUCGCCGGAGUCUGCGGUGUCAUCCGGACCAAAACCCUCGACUCACUAUCUCAAUCGACAGAAUACCUCUAUGCAACAACCGACUCCGUCAUCUGGACCAACUCCGAACUAACCACAACGAUCGUCUGCGUCUCCGUCCCUGCCCUCCGUCCCCUCUACCGAUCCAUCCGCGGCUUGAGCUCCUCCAAAGACGCCUCAAACUACAACAACCUCGGCGGCUCCUACGGCAAGUCCAGCGCCAACCGCAGCAGGCAGCCCAGCUACGGGAUGGACACUCUGAUCUCGAGCAAAGUACGCGGCGACGACGUGCAGGACUGCGUUGUGACCACAAGCGGCAAGACGGUGGAGAUCGACGACGGCGACGACAUCGACACGCGACGUAUCCUUCCUAGGAACAGAGACACCGCGCAAAACAUCUACCAGGUGAAGGAGGUUAUCGUGUCGUACGAGGACCGUAGGAAUGGCGAGGGGUCGAUGGGCGAGAGCACGUCUCCGCCUGCGGUGAGGGCGAGACAGCAUAUUUGA